UAAAAGAAAACUAAGUUUCUACAAGAUUAAGGUCAUUCUUAUAAUUCGAAAUUUAUUGCGCAAUACAUAUUCUUUAUGCGAACUUACCAAAGCGAUAACUUUAUAAUCUUGAUUAUUGAUAUGAUUAUCAAACAAGAAAUACACUCUUAUCUAUGGAAUUCAAUUCGAUAUCCUCGUUUAAAUGGAUGGUUGCAUUAGAAAUGAAUUUAAUAUUUUUCUAAUUAAAUCGUACAGAUUUUCUGAUAGAAUGUUACACUAAUUUUCACUUUUACUCCGCUAUUUCAUUUCGAUAUUAAACUUGGAAAUGAAAUGAGAAAAUAAAAAGUCGUCAUUAAAGUGAAACAUAAUUAUCUCGUGGCUCUGGAAUUUUUGCAAUUUUGAAAACGUUGAUUUACAUCGGUCGCUACUUAAAUAACCAAUUGAAAAAUCGAUUGUAUUGCAGAUGCUACUUUCUGUUAUUGUAUUAAUACGUCAUAGAAGUGACCGGGAACGCUGGAACUACGAACUGCGCUUAAACUAAUUUUUGCAUAAAAUAAUUACAAGCCGUUCUUAUUUGAUAAAAUUUUUUAGCCGAUAAUAUUGCAGUUUAUAAUACAACAGUGAAACUUCUGCGUUAAUUACAUCAUUAUUUACAGUGCAAUAUUAUUUAUCAAACAGCGGUUUAAGGAUUUUAUAAACGUUUGGACGAUUAUAUUUAUCAUCAAUGUAACCGAAUAAUAAGUUAUUCAUGACUUCAGCAGAACAUUUUAUUAGUUUAAUUACAGUGGCAAGUGCUAAAAAAUUAGCUACCGCACUUGUCCUUUGUUUUAUUCUAUAUCAUGGAUUCAUGCAUCUUAUUUAUGGCAGUGAUUCUUGUAAAUGGUUAUUAACCGAAGGUAGAUAUAAAGGAGACAAAGAAUGGCAGCCUUACGGUUGUAUGAUGCAUUAUUAUACACAAACAGACAGCCGCAGAUGCUUGAGGUAUCUGGCUUUCAUGGGCCACCAUAAUCAUUUUGUAUUCAUCGGAGAUGCCAGAAUCAGGCAGCUAUAUAAAUCUUUUAUAUCACAGUUUAUAGUCGAUGGUAAAACAUUAGAUCUGGCAGAUUUACCACAAAAUUCUGAUUUAAAUUUCAAAGAUGCCCAGCUAAGGUUAAACGUACAGUUUUUGUGGAGACCACGAUUGAAUAAUUUUAUGGUCGAAAAUCUAAGAAGUUGGAUGAAAAGCGAUGCACCUAGCUUGAUCAUUGCAGGCAGUGCAGCGAUGACAAUUCUUGCAAACAAUAACAGCGACACUCAACUGUAUUCUGAAUAUAGUAUGAGUCUAGUGAGACUAGUGCAACCGGUAGAUUUCUUGGCUAAAAAGAACACUCAAUUUUUAUGGGUACUGCAAGACCCGGUGCUAAAAGAAAGACUACCGGCUCAGUUGGCAAGCAUAGAUAAUAGACAGAUCAAUUUAUGUAAUAAAGCAGCAGUCAAGAUACUAUCCCAUAGCGAAGCUCAUUUAUGGGAAAGUAGUAAACUUGUUGGUACUGGUGUGUUAGAACAGAGUCCGGACGGAUACUUAGCUAGUCCCUUAUCCUUGCGACAUAAAGUUCAAAUACUAUUAAACACUUACUGCAACGAUCACAUGAACUUUGACGAUGGGAGCUGUUGUAGUUACCCAGAACCAGCAACAACUUUACAACUGCUAAGUUUAUCUGGCCUUGCCCUAUGUAUAAUUAUUGGCGGUGGAAUGUGGAUAUACAAAAAGUUUUGUUACCAUCGAACCGACGUAUCUUAUUUACGUGUCACCACUGUUGACGAGGAAAAUGCCGAAGAAGCAAAUACCUCCGAAGUUGUACAGAUUGAACAACCCGAAGUACAAGAUUCUUAUACACUGAUGACAUCAUUGGCUCUUUUAUCCAUUAUCUUAGCUUAUUUCUAUUUAUGCGACAGAACGAAUUUCUUUAUGAAAGAAAAUAAAUACUAUAGCGAGUUCAGUUUUUGGUUACCGCUUGGAUAUAUAUUGGCUCUUGGAUUAUUUUUUACCGAAGAUAGAGAAAGAGGACCAAGGACUUUAAAUCGAGAACAAACAGACGAAUGGAGAGGGUUAAUGCAAGCAGUGGUACUAAUAUACCAUGUUACCGGAGCUAAAAAUGUUUUGCCUAUUUAUAUGUACUUAAGACUAAUUAACUCUGCGUAUCUGUUCCUUUCCGGAUAUGGACAUUUUUGUUACUUCUGGCAAACGGGCGAUGUUUCUCUAGUGAGGUUUGCUAGGGUUAUGUUUAGAUUAAAUUUUCUAACAGUCACUUUAUGCCUUUGUAUGAACAGACCGUACCAAUUUUAUCAUUUUGUUCCAUUGGUCUCGUUCUGGUUUUUAGUCAUCUACUUUCUAGCAUGGCUACCGCCAAGAAUAUAUUCCGGUAGUUUAACGGAAUAUGGACCAAGAGCUUUACUUUAUCUAGCUUUGAAACUUUUAGGUCUUGUGUCAAUGAUUACCAUAUUGUACAUGUCGGAGGUUUUCUUUGAGAAAGUGUUUGUAACAAGACCUUGGAAAGCGUUAUUUGUUACGACCGACGACGACAUACGCGAAUGGUGGUCACGAUGGAGGGUGGAUAGAUACAGUGUUACUUGGGGUGUAACCUUUGGAGCAGGUCUUGUAGCUUUACAGAGGUUAGAUCACAUUCCAGGAAUUGCGCUGUCUUCUGUCCUGGCAUUAAUUUCUCUAACAGCUUACACUACUUUCACGAUACUAUGUCAUUCGGUAUCGGAAUGCGAAGAAAUUCAUUCAUACGUGGCUUUUAUACCGAUUAUAGGUUAUAUUGCGCUUAGAAAUGCAUCGUUAGCAUUGCGCGGUAAACAUUCAGCUCUCUUAGCUGGUUUAGGUCGAAUCAGUUUAGAAACUCUAGUCGCACAAGGCCAUAUUUGGCUGGCAGCAGAUUCACACGGUGUGUUAGUAUUAUUACCAAGAUUUCCAGUAUUAAAUCUUUUAGUCACAUCGUUUAUCUUCAUUUGUGCAAGUCACGAAAUACAUAGAUUAACCCAAAUUCUGGCACCUUAUGCAGUACCAAAUGACUGGAGAUUGGUGGCUCGUAACUUGUUAUUAUUUAUUGCAGUCCUAGUACCUAUAGGUAUUCAUGAUGGAAUGUUUUAAAUAGAUCGUCUAUAGGAGAUUAUCUCCUAUAUCUUUGCAUAAGUAUGUAAAUAUUACGUAUAAUAGACACAUAAGUUUGUAAUAUUCUUUUAUGACAGUUUCAUAAAAACAAA